UAGAUAAAGCGCGCAGCAGAAAUCUUGAACAUACCCAUCUCAAUGUCAAUGGAUUCUCAUCUGCAUAUUAGCAAACUAACCCAAUUUAUUUCUUCUUGCGACAGUCUUUACCCCGCCAAAAUUUAUUCUCUGCCGUCGUUAAUAUCUGUUCCGAAUUCAAGAACGAAAAAGGCCGAAUCUUGGAGAGUUAUCAAACCCCUGUUUUCAGCUGCAAAUGGCGAGCAGUCGGUUGCUCAAGAAGAGGCCCUUUUACCCCAGCUGCGCAAGAAUGGUGUUUUGAGUGGAAAUGAUGGUGGUAGUUGCUAUGAUAAGAUGCCAAGAAAGAGGAGGGUGUUUUUCUUGGAUGUGAAUCCCUUGUGUUAUAGAGGGAGCACUCCUAGUUUGGACUCUUUUGCUCAUUGGAUUUCUCUUUUCUUCUCCCAAGUCAGCCUCAAUGAUCCUGUUGUAGCUGUCCUCGAUGGUGAAGGUGGCAAUGAGUACCGAAGGCAACUACUCCCAUCAUACAAAACAAAUAGAAAAAAGAUGAUGCAGCAGUUCCCAGCUGCUGAAAGGUCUACUGGAAGAUCGAAGAAACUAGUCAUGGAUGUUCUUCAGAAGUGCAAUGUUCCGGUUGUGAAAAUUGAAGGGCACGAGGCAGAUGAUGUUGUCGCAACACUUGUGCAUCAAGUGCUGCAUAAGGGAUAUCGAGCUGUGAUAGCUUCUCCCGACAAGGAUUUCAAGCAACUCAUUUCAGAAGAUGUUCAGAUGGUUAUACCCGUACAAGAAUUGGACAGAUGGUCGUUUUACACGUUAAAACACUACCUCACUCAAUACAACUGCGACCCACAAUCUGAUUUGAGCUUAAGAUGCAUUUUGGGAGAUGAAAUAGAUGGUGUUCCCGGUAUCCAGCAUCUUGUUCCUGGUUUUGGUCGUAAGACUGCUCUAAAGCUUGUGAAAAAACACCGGUCUUUGGAGAAUUUACUUAGUGCUGCAAGCGUGAGAUCCGUAGGAAGACAAUAUGCACAGGAGGCACUAACAAAAUAUGCUGAUUUUCUUCGGAAGAAUUAUGAAGUUCUCUCUUUAAAGAGGGAUGUAAAUAUCCAGAUUGAUGAGCAGUGGCUGGUCACUAGAGAUGCACAAAACGACUCAAUAAUCUUAUCCAGCUUCACAGAGUUCCUGAAUAAAACUCGUGAUAGAAAAUGGCAGUCUAAAUCUCAGCCCCACGGCUUGAAAGCAGUGACAUAGGUGGAGUUAUAGUCAUUGGUGCUUCUCUUUUGAAUCUUUGCAAGACUCGUAUAGUGCCACUUGCAACAAAGCCACAUAACCUCAUUUAGGAGAUGGUAGACGAGCAAAUGAGUAUUGAUGUGCACAGUUUCUUCUGUGAGGUAUACAUGUAAAGAACACCAAGAAACGAAGCUUUGGGGGCAGUAGUUUUCGGGUGUGAACAUAAAAGCAGGCCGCCUUGAUCUUUUUAGACAGGAAGAUCCCAUGUGAGAAUGUGCAUACAAAUAAGUUAUUUGGGUUAAUUCUUGGAGAUCAAUAUUUAUACAUUUCAUAAUUCAUAAUAAAGUAUAUAUCUUCUGACAGAGCUUCUCUGUCUAGACUCUA